ACUAAGAUGGCGGCGCCCAUGUUGAGGUGCAUGUCCCGUGGCCGGCGGUUUUGUACCCCCAGCCCGUUGGAAGUCUUGCCCCUGGGACUACGUGAGGCCCACUCAGGCGGCAAGGGGUUGCUGGCGGUCCAGAAAGCUCGGGGUUUGUUCAAGGAGUUCUUCCCCGAGAAAGGUACCAAGAUAGAACUCCCAGAACUCUUCGACCGUGGCAGGGCGGGCAACUUUCCCCAGACCAUCUACUGCGGUUUCGACCCCACGGCGGAGUCGCUUCAUGUGGGGCACCUGCUGGCGCUGCUGGGCCUGUUUCACUUCCAGCGAGCCGGCCACAACGUGAUCGCGCUAGUGGGAGGUGCCACGGCUCGCCUGGGAGACCCCAGCGGCCGCACCAAGGAGCGUGAGGCGCUGGACGCAGACCGCGUGAGAAGAAACGCGCGCGCCCUACGCCAAGGAAUCGAGAUUCUGGCAGCUAAUCACCAGCAACUGUUCACUAAUGGGCAUACUUGGGGCAGUUUCACGGUGCUGGACAAUUCGUCCUGGUACAAGGAGCAGCACCUGGUGGACUUCCUAGCGGCAGUAGGCGGCCACUUCCGCAUGGGCACGCUGCUGAGCCGGCUGAGCGUCCAGACACGGCUUAAAAGCCCUGAAGGCAUGAGUUUGUGCGAGUUUUUAUACCAGGUGCUCCAGGCCUAUGAUUUCUACUACCUGUUCCAGCGGUAUGGAUGCCGUGUCCAACUGGGUGGAUCUGAUCAGCUGGGCAAUAUCAUGUCGGGAUACGAGUUCAUUAACAAGUUGACUGGAGAAGACGUAUUUGGAAUCACUCUUCCUCUAAUUACAAGUACAACUGGAGCAAAACUGGGAAAGUCUGCUGGCAAUGCUGUUUGGCUAAACAGAGAUAAGACAUCUCCAUUUGAACUGUAUCAGUUCUUUGUGAGGCAGCCAGAUGAUUCAGUAGAAAGGUACCUGAAGCUCUUCACAUUUCUGCCCCUCCCGGAGAUUGACCACAUGAUGCAGCAGCACAGCAAAGAGCCAGAGAAGCGGGGUCCUCAGAAACGACUGGCUGCCGAAGUCACAAAGCUUGUUCAUGGACAAGAAGGGCUAGAGUCUGCUAAAAGGUGUACACAAGCCCUUUAUCAUAGCAGCGUAGAUGCAUUGGAGGUCAUGUCUGACCAAGAGCUAAAGGAGUUGUUUAAAGAAGCUUCAUUUUCUGAAUUAGUUCUUGACCCUGGAACAAGCGUCCUAGAUACGUGCCGCAAAGCAAAUGCCAUUCCAGAUGGUCCCCGAGGGUAUCGGAUGAUAACAGAAGGUGGAGUCAGUAUAAAUCACAGACAAGUAACGAAUCCUGAGAGUGUUUUAGUUGUUGGACAACAUAUUCUUAAGAAUGGACUUUCAUUACUUAAAAUAGGAAAACGAAAUAUCUACAUUAUAAAAUGGCUUCAACUAUGAUGAAAAAUCCUUCUAUUGAUUCAAACUGAUCCGUCAUUCAUUCUCAAGACAUAGGGAAGGUUGGCACCAGAACUUACACCUUCACUUAUGCAAAUCAAGAGAAUGGAGUAUGCUCUAGGCCUCACAGUGUGAGUAAUUUAUUGACAUAGGUUGGUUAGUAAGUUUGUGUAAUGAUGGCAUAUUUUAUUUCCUGAUCCUUUGAACAGUAGGGACUACCAUCAAAAAUUGUGAUUUCCAGGGUUAAUCUGUUUUAAGAAUUAUAC